AUGUCUCUACCAAGGCUCAUCGCCCCACCAGACGUUCGCGAUCAAAGCGAAGCCGCAAGGAGCAGCCUGCAACAAUACGCCAAAGCUCACAUCCAGUCCCUCGCGGGGCGUGCAUGUGCCCCCCACAACUACAGCACUAGCUGCAGCAGCAGCAGCAGCAGCAGCAGCGCCAAGCAGCAGCAGCAGCAGCAGCAGCAACAGAAGCAGCAGAAAAGACACAUGAGAAAUCAGAGGCAGCAAAAACAGCACAAAGGCAGUCUUAUACGUUCGCGAUCAAAGCGGAGCCGCAAGGAGCAGCCUGCAGCAGCAGCAGCAGCAGAAGCAGCAGCAGCAACAGAAGCAGCAGAAAAGACACAAGAGAUAUCAGAGGCAGCAAAAACAGCACAAAGGCAGUCUUAUGUGAGAACGGACGUGAGUCAUCUGCAGGCGCGCUGCAGCACCAGCAGCAGCAGCAGCAGCAGCAGCCGCAGCAGCAGCAGCAGCAGCAGAAGAUGCAACAAUCGCCCCACCAGACGUUCGCGAUCAAAGCGGAGCCGCAAGGAGCAGCCUGCAGCAGCAGCAGCAGCAGCAGCAGCAGCAGCAACAGAAGCAGCAGAAAAGACACAUGAGAAAUCAGAGGCAGCAACAACAGAAAGGCAGUCUUAUGUGACGACGGACGUGAGUCAGCUGCAGGCGCGCUGCAGCAGCAGCAGCAGCAGCAGAAGCAGCAGCAGCAGCAGCAGAUGCAACAGAAGCAGCGACAACGCCGUGACAGUAGAGCAUAGAUCCUAUGCAGCACCUCCUAACGAAACGAAGUCUUGCUGCUGCUUCUGUGUGCCCACCAGCAACAAUAUCAGCAGCAGCAGCAGCAGCAGCAGCAGCAGCAACAGCAGCAGCAGCAUUGAUCUCAAUACGAGCUGCAGCAACCCUUUCUUUACCUCUGCAAAGCCCCUAAGGGGCCAACGCCGCAGGCGCCGCCCAUGCCGCCGCAGCAGCAGCAGCAGCAACAGCAGCAUCGACAGCAGCGGCAGCAGCAGCAGCAGCAGCAGGAACGGCAGGAGCAGCAGCAGCGGCAGUGAUAGUCCCAUUAGCAGCAGCAGCUGCAGCGACAUAGAAGCAGUAUCUCCUUGUGCACAAGACCCUGUUGUUGCUUCUUCCGUUUUAUCCUCUGCAGCAGCAGCAGCAGCAACAGCAGAGCAGCAGCAGCAGCAGUACAAGCAAACCCACCCGCGCCAAAAGCACCAGCUGAAACACAAGCAGCAGGAACAGCAGCAGCAGCAGCAGCAGAAGGCUCAGCAGCAGCAGCAAAUAAAGAAUCAGGGGCAGACCCAGCGACAGCAGGAGCAGCAACAGCAGCAGCAGCAGCAGGAGCAGCAGUAG